CGAAGGAUGUUGAGAGAAAAAGGAUGCUGCGACUGAUGUGAUGCGCGUGCGCAGUGCGCACAAAGCGUGUGUCUUGUCCUCUAUUCAGCCGGCUUCUAUCUAUUCACCCAGCUUCUAUUCAUCUUGGCAUUUAGGCAUAUUUAGGUACUGUAGUAGCUCGCUAACUACGUUCAUUCAGCAUCUCAGUAACAAACGGUUGUUACCAUGACGUCUCGUGUGGGCCCUCGAGCUGCAGGUACUGAUGGGAGUGACUUCAAACACAGAGAGAAGGUGGCCUCACACUACCAGAUGAGCGCCUCGCUAAAGUCUGAGAUCCGGAAACUCAACUUUGUCCACCUGCUGCUCUGGCUCCUGGUGGCGGCCCAGGUGAUCGUCAGCAAACUUGACCUGGUGCCAAGCGAUACAGUGGCUGAGCCCUACAGAUGGGAGUACCCCUACCUGAUCAGUCUCUUUCCACUGGUCACCGGCAGCCUGUCGCUGCCCAAGAACAACAUCAGCUACCUGGUGAUCUCCAUGAUCAGCUCAGGCCUGUUCUCCAUCGCUCCACUCUUCUACGGCUCCAUGGAGAUGCUCGGCGAGGCCCAGCAGCUGUACCGCCACGGCAAGGCUUACCGCUUCAUCUUUGGCUGGGCGGCGGUCACCGUCAUGUACCUGGUGAUGGUGGUGGCGGUGCAGGUGCACGCCUGGCAGAUCUACUACAGCAAGAAGCUGCUGGACGCCUGGUUUGACUCCACACAGGAGAAGAAGAAGAAGUGAUGAGGAUGUUUUGUGGGUUUUGAGGCUAGGGGAAAACUGUUUUUGUUUUUCUCUCUGUCUUUAGGAUGCAUAUAUUAGUAUAUUCUGUUAUUUAUUUAUUACCUCAUGCAAUCACUGGCUAUUAUGUCUUUCCAGAUGGUCUAUCCAACACACAUUUUCUGGCCAAAACAUGCAUACUCUCUCCAUUUCAAAGACACUCAGGUGUAUACAUUUUCUCUCAAAUACACAAACAAUUAGUGGCGCAGCGGUCUAAGGCACUGCAUCUCAGUGCUAGAGGUGUCACUACAGACCCAGCAUCGUUAGGGUUUGGCUGGGGUAGGCCGUCAUUGUAAAUAAGAAUUUGUUCUUAACCGACUUGCCUAGUUAAAUAAAAUAAAUGAAAAUAAAAGCAAUUCUCUACUUUGUUUAUCUGGCCUCAGAGAAUAAACGAUAGAGACUGCAGCUCCUUCUGAGACCACAAUAUUUACAGCUGUUGUGAAGCAUUUAGACGUAUGAACCAAGCCCUUGUGUGAGACUGCAGCAUGACGGAGGAUCUCUACUGACUCUUUGUCUUUUAACAGUGGAGGAAUGAGGGCUGGACUAGUUUGUUGUCACGGUUUCAGUAAAUUGACAUCCGGCGACUAGUCUGUCAAUAUUGAAAGCCCUGUAAAGGCAUGCGCACAAGUACUGUGUAAAGCUUGAGACUGAGAGACAUGGGAUGCUGUGUUUCAAAGGCAAAAAAAUGUAUGCAUCAUUGCGCUAAGUUGGCCUGACAGGUUAGUCUGUGUCUUGACAGCUAUCAAGGGGUCUUGAUUUGUCCCUGUAAUGUGCCCAAACUGUAGUGCUCAUCGGGGUUUUUGUCAAUACCAGUCAAUUCAUAUAGUAAACCAAAUAUAAAUUCCAAAUUAUCAUUGAUAAGCAUUGAAGAGAAUUGGAAUUUCAGUGUACUUCCUGAAUUGACUGGAUUUGAAAUUGAAUUGACCCCAACCCUGGUGCUCAUCAUUCAUAUAUCUCUUAAAUGUUCUGUAUGCUUGACCCUUUGCUCCCUCACUUUUUAUGAUUAUGUUUUUACCACCAAUAAAAAGGGAAAUUAAAUCCUUGUUGUCUUGA